AUGGAGGGCUUGUUCUAUGCAAAGGCAGCAGUCAGGGCAGAGGCCCAGAUGGAAGGAACGAAACAUGGGCCCAUCUGCCAGGCAGCCUAUCAGAAUGACUUUGGUCAAGUGUGGCGGUGGGCAAAAGAAGACAACAACUAUGUCAAUGUUCAAGAUGGCUUUAACGGAGACACUCCCCUGAUCUGUGCUUGCAGGCGAGGACAUGUGAGAAUCGUUUCCUUCCUUUUAAGAAGAAAUGCUGAUGUCAACCUCAAAAACCAGAAAGAGAGAACCUGCUUGCAUUAUGCUGUGAAGAAAAAAUUUACCUUCUUUGAUUAUCUACUCAUUAUCCUCUUAAUGCCUGUCCUGCUUAUCGGGUAUUUCCUCAUGGUAUCAAAGACAAAGCAGAAUGAGGUUCUCGUACGAAUGCUACUUGAGGCUGGCGUGGAGGUUAAUGCUACAGACUGUUAUGGCUACACCGCAUUACAUUACGCCUGCGAAAUGAAAAAUCAGUCUCUUAUCCCUAUGCUUUUGGAAGCCCAUGCAGACCCCACAAUAAAAAAUAAGCGUGGUGAGAGCUCACUGGAUAUCGCACGGAGAUUAAAAUUUUUCCAGAUUGAAUUAAUGCUAAGGAAAGCAUCAUAA